AUGAUGCUACAGUCCGACAUUGCCACAAUAUCAAUUUUCCUAAUCCUGCUUGUGUUUCCUCAAACUAUAGCUGAUCUACAUUCAGAAAAACAAGCGCUCCUUGAUUUUGCUGCUGCAGUUCAUCAUGGUCCAAAAGUAAAUUGGAACUCUAGUACCUCAAUUUGCACUUCUUGGGUGGGAGUUACGUGCAAUCAUGAUGGCACUCAUGUGCUUUCUGUGAGGCUUCCAGGUGUUGGGCUGCGUGGUUCUCUCCCUCCAAAUACACUUGGUAAGCUAAAUGGACUCGUUAGUCUUAGUCUUAGGUCCAACAGCUUGAAUGGAAACCUCCCAAUUGACAUACUUUCUCUUCCUUCGAUUCGAUUUAUAUAUUUACAACAUAACAACUUCUCAGGUGAUAUUCCUGAGUUUCUGCUACCAAGGCUUAUGAUUCUUGAUUUGUCCUAUAACUCUUUCACAGGACAGAUUCCAGCCUCAAUCCAAAACUUGACAUAUCUAAUAGGACUUAGCCUCCAAAACAACUCUCUUAGAGGAUCUAUUCCUGGUGUUAACCUUCCUAACCUUAAGAAUUUGGAUUUGAGCUUCAACUACCUAAAUGGUUCAAUUCCUUCUUGUCUUCAUAAGUUUCCUGCCUCCUCAUUUAGAGGGAAUUUGAUGUUAUGUGGAGCACCUUUGAAACAAUGUUCUUUGGUUUCCCUUAAUACCACAUUGUCUCCACCAAUAGUCUCCAAAAAACCAAGUGAUCUAUCAAACAGGAAGCUAAGUACAGGUGCAAAAAUUGCAAUUGCUUUGGGGGGUUUCACAAUGAUGUUUCUUCCAGCUCUUAUAGUAGUGUUCUGCUGUUUCAAGAAAAAAGUUGGUGCACAAAAUGUAGCACCUACAGAGAAGGGUGGAAAGCUUAAGGAGGAUUUUGGGAGUGGUGUGCAAGAACAUGAGAAAAACAGGCUAAUAUUUUUUGAAGGUUGUUCUUACAAUUUUGAUCUUGAGGACUUGUUAAGAGCUUCAGCUGAAGUGCUUGGGAAGGGAAGUUUUGGAACAACAUAUAAAGCCAUCUUGGAGGAGGGAACUACAGUGGUUGUGAAGAGGUUAAAAGAAGUGGCAGUGGGUAAAAAAGAAUUUGAACAGCAAAUGGAGAUUGUCCAAAGACUUGAUCAUCAUCCAAAUCUUAUUCCCCUUCGUGCUUACUACUAUUCCAAAGAUGAAAAGCUAAUGGUUUAUGACUACUCAAGUACCGGCAGCUUUUCCAAGUCGUUGCAUGGAACAAGGGAAACAGGACGAACUCCACUGGAUUGGGAUUCAAGAUUGAAGAUCAUGGUUGGAGCUGCCAGGGGCAUUGCUCAUAUCCACUCAGCUAAUGGAAGGAAAUUUGUCCAUGGCAAUAUAAAAUCAUCUAAUGUGCUUCUCUCAAUAGAUUUUCAAGGAUGCAUAUCAGAUUUUGGCCUAACUCCUUUAACAAAUUUCUGUGCCUCCCCAAGAAGUCCAGGCUACAGAGCACCUGAAGCUAUUGAAACACGAAAAUCCACGCAAAAAUCUGAUGUGUACAGCUUUGGUGUUCUCCUUCUUGAGAUGCUGACUGGCAAAACACCAGUUCAGUAUUCAGGACACGAUGAUGUGGUUGAUCUUCCAAAGUGGGUCCAAUCUGUUGUUAGAGAGGAAUGGACUGCUGAAGUGUUUGAUCUUGAGCUAAUGAGAUAUCCAAACAUUGAAGAAGAACUUGUGCAGAUGUUGCAACUGGCAAUGGCAUGCGUGGCAGAGAUGCCUGACACGAGACCUUCAAUGGAGGAAGUUGCAAGGACAAUUGAAGAAAUUGGAGCAUUUAUUUCUUAA